AGUGGGCUGGGUGGAAUCCCUUCUCUUAUACCUAGGCGUUGUUACCAAAGAGACCGCUCCUCCUGGUUUGAUAGACAGAGCUGCUCACCGGUUCCUCGAAAGACUAUCAAAAGACUUGAUUGCAUUUUGGGCAGACAUGGGCUGGGGUGUAGCUGUGUUGCUUUUGGAAAUUCGUUGCUGAGUUAGCUUGCUGGCUGUUCUAAUUUAUAAGACGCUAUGGCUAAGCAGUAUGAUGUGCUCUUCCGACUCCUGCUUCUCGGAGAUUCGGGGGUUGGAAAAACAUGUUUAUUAUGCAGAUUCACGGACAACGAAUUUCACCCGUCUCACAUUUCCACAAUCGGAGUCGAUUUCAAAAUGAAGACGCUAGAGAUAGACGGCAUCAAAGUGCGGAUACAGAUUUGGGACACAGCAGGACAGGAGAGAUAUCAGACCAUCACUAAGCAGUACUACAGACGAGCACAGGGAAUCUUCCUGGUUUACGACAUCACAAGUGAGCGAUCCUUCCAGCACAUCAUGAAGUGGGCCAGCGAUGUGGAUGAGUAUGCUCCUGAUAACAUCCAGAGGAUCCUCAUAGGGAACAAGUCAGACGAGGAGGAGAAGAGACAGGUUGCUACAGGACAGGGCAACAAGCUGGCCAAGGAUUAUGGGAUGGACUUCUUUGAGACAAGUGCCUCCACCAACUAUAACAUCACAGAGUCCUUCACACGAUUGGCUGAGCAGGUCCUGGCAGCCAAUAAGAAGGACCUGGACCUCCUAAGGGCGUCGGUCACAGACGAGCUCAACCUCGCCGCCCUGGAGGAGGAGGAGGGCAUCACAGACGGGGCCGCCGCCUCACAGAAGGGCUGCUGGUGUUAAGGGCUGGGCCUGGUCAAAAGUAGUGCACUAUGUAGGGAAUAGGGUGAAAUAAGUAGUGCCCUAUGUAGGGAAUAGGGUGAGAAAAGUAGUGCCCUAUGUAGGUAAUAGGGUGAUAAAUAAGUAGUGCCCUAUGUAGGGAAUAGGGUGCCACUUCUAUGUAAGGACUGGGUCUGGAUGCGUCUCAAAACACACCCUAUUCCCUAUGCGAGAUCUGGUUUAAAGUAGUGCACUUUGUAGGGAAUAGGGUGGAGGGUGACACUUCUCUUCUUCAUGUUAGAACCUGAUUAACGUAGCCGAUUGCCUUUCUACCAUCAUAGGUGGUGUACUGGCAUUUGAUAGGUUUUUUAAAUUGUAUUUUUCAUUGUAGUUGUUAGAUUUUGCCACAAGAGGGUGCUGCUGAUACAUGCUGCGUUAUAUACAAAGCUUUCAGUAUUUAGAGUACACCGCAGGGCUGUUGAUAAAGUGGUUACGACCCAUUACACUGUUCUACUGUAAUGCAUCUCCAAUGAUCCACCGUUCCCCUUUAUAGUACACUGCUCGGCUAAGCUCAGACCUACUGCGCCAUAGGGAAUACACUGUUUGUGGUACAGACAAUGUUCCAUUUAGUUUCAGCCUCGUCAUUUUGUUUCUCGAGGCAACUUUCAAUGACAAUGUACAUAAUACUCCUAGUUUAAUUGAACGUAUGUAUUACCAUUACAGGCCUGUAUAAAGUGUUGACAUUUUUGAUGGUCUUAAAAGAUUCCCUCUAUGAUUCUAUCUACGAUGACGUAUUGUGUUUUCUUCUGUCAUGUUAUCCAGACUAGCAAACGGACCAGCGAGAGAUCUGCAUGCGUCCACACUUCAAGCCUCAUAUUUUUAUUUCAUUUUCUUGCAACUUCAAUGAAGUUAAUUAUUCAACUGGUCAUUUAUUAAACACUUAAUUAAGCAUUUGACCAGAGUGGUCUGACGUUAUUAUUCUUAACCUGGCCUAUUCUCUCUACGACUGACACAAUGUUAAUAGUGCUACCAUCAACAAAAACUCAUGUCUAUGUGUGCAAGUGAUAAUAUGGUAUGUAGUAUUGAAUGAAAUACUGGACUAUGAUUUCUAGAUACAGAUGAAAUGUAUGUCUGUUUUGUUUGAUGAUGGGGGUGCGAGGGGGUACGUUUUGAAUUGCAUUUGGUGGAUAUAUAUAUAACGUGCAACAUUGUAAUUAUUUCACAUGUUUAUUGAAUAAAUGCUUGAAGAUGAAUGACUCAUCGUGCUGCGGUAACUUUAUGAAAUAGAAAGGGUU